AUGGCCAAGCACUCCCCGUUACGAUAUCCUGUACCUCGCACGCUGCUGCGGAAGAGCCUUGCAAUUGACUCUUGGUGCAAAGAGAAUAGCUACGUGAUAGCUGGAUAUUACCAGGCAAAUGAACGCGUGAAAGAUGCCAGUCCAAACCAGGUUGCGGAAAAGGUGGCCUCCAGAAUCGCAGAGGGCUUUAACGAUACAGCGCUCAUAAUGGUUGAUAACACCAAGUUCACGAUGGAGUGCGUAGAGCCCGCCAUUCACCUGUACGAGCUUCACGAGAACAAGUGGAGGUGCAAGGACCCGCACGUUGAUUUUUGUGAAGAUUGGAGCGAAGCCCAGAGAAUCGCUGCAUCUCUCUUGGACAGCAAGUCCUACGAGACGCUUGUAGAUUUUGAUAAUCACCUGGAUGAUAUCCGGAACGACUGGACAAACCCAGAGAUCAACAAAGCCGUCCUCCACCUGUGUUAGGGGGGUCUCUACUGACUAAUUUAUGGGCAUUCCCACUAUGUACUGAAGAGAGAAAAAUGCUAUUUUUGAAUGUAAAUAGAAUAAUAUUCAGUACCUUGUGUGGAAACCCGACUGAUUAAAAAGGAGUGGCACGUCACAUUGCAAAGAGUGAUGUGUCCAUAAGCUGGUGAAUCUUUUUUGUGAGAUUCCUUGGAAGAACUGCAAACUCUGUUACAGCUGUCCUCGCGGACGCCUUCCCAGUCAUAGUGAAUGUUGCUGCUCCUUCAAAAUCAGAACCACUUCUGCUUGUCCCUGCUGUUUGAAUUACAAAGGUUUGACUAAGCUUUUCUAAUCUUUCGAGAGAUUACUUUUUAACGAUUUAUGGAAAUACCUUUC